AUGGUGGGCGCCUAUUCGCGCUUCCUGGAGUACAUGCAAAAGGCAGCUGUGUGGAAUUUACCCUGGGCCUUGACUUCCGGGAAAUCGGGUGCUUUUCUGAAGAUUCUGGCCGAGCAGAAGAAAGGCAAUUUGAAGCCCAUGCCCAUGUUGCAGCAGCUCCCAUUCUUGAUUCUGCCGAAUAUGCCACGGAGUUCCGCUAUUCAGUUUCCACCAUUUGUCCUUCAAGAUUAUGAGAAUGGCAUCCGAAUUGGAAACCAGGAGGGGCUCAUGAGAAACCAUACAUUCCAGAUGUUCAAUUGCGCAUAUCGCGUUGCGCAAACCCCAUCGGGACUGUGCCGCCAGGAGAGCCGAACUUUGACGAAGCUCGCCAAUUUUCAGUUGGCCGAGUGGGCCCCGGAAGUUCACCAUGUGCUUCAACAGGCGAUCGU